CCCCUUCAGAGGCAGCAGAUCAGCUUCUCUCUCUUUUCCUGCACGCUCACUCAUGCACAGCGCAGAGGACCUCGUCCUUGUCCAGAGACGCACACGCUCCCUCUCUCUCUCUGCCUCUCUUCGCGUCCCUUUCUCCUUCGUUCCCCUGCUCCUAUACACCUUUGCAUCGUUUUGCUUGCCCCACUUCCUCUCCGCUGUCCUACGUGUUACAGACUGUGGUGAAGCUGACGGCUUACAGGGCGAGAUGCUGCUGAUGCUUCAGCUGUCCGGGCUGCACGUCUCCUUCAGGGCCCACUGAAGACAAGACUGCACGUGCACUGAGGAGCUCCAACGCGGCGCUCCGAGGAACCAAAACUCUUUGGAAUUCAUUGAACUUUCUCAGAUUCAGCCAAGAAUGCAGCACACAAUGAGGACCAAGUUGUGUCAGCUGACUGCACCGUUCUGUCUCUUAGGGGUUUUUCUCUCAGUGGUUGAUGGUAAAGGUACUUUCUAUGGAGGCCAUGUCAAUCCUUUCUAUGCAAGCAGAUACAACCUGUACAAGGCUGGUCUUCACCCUCACCACACGCCAAACAAACCCAUGACCCGUCACAAAAACCACUGUGCCUAUGUGGUCCAGAAGAACAUCACAUGCACCAUGCAGGAUGGCGUAGCUACGUAUGUGAAGGCUGACUACACCACCAAGUGCAUUUGGGGUCAGAAAUGUCCUGUUGUCAUGUACCGGACAAUCUACAAGCCACAGUACAAGGUUGGUUUUAAGACUGUGACUGAGCUGGAGUGGAGAUGUUGUCCAGGCUACUCUGGAGAGAACUGCAACGGUGGACCUACAUCACUACCUGAUGUCAUGAUGCCGCCUUUCAAGGGUGGUUUGCCUUAUAGACCAGGUGUGAAGGGUUUCCCUCACGGUCCUAAACUCCCAACAGACCAAAAGCCUGGGGAAGGCCAGCUGGAUCCAGCAAGACCCUAUCCUGGUGUCCCUGACCAUCGUCCAAUUCCCACUGGACAACUGCCUGCUGGGAGUGGAAAACCAGACUAUGGAAAUAGGUUUGAGCUUCCAGGAGCAACUGGUGAACGUUUGGAUCGCAUGGAGGAGGACCUUCGACGCCUCACCCAAGGCUUAGACACUCUCAAUGGGGUGGUGGCCAGCCUUGAGGAGCGACUGCGCACAACGAUCCGAGAAGACACCAACAAAAUUCUGUGGUCACUUUUGCCCAAACCACCUCGUGUAUCUGAUUCCACUGUAGGAUUUGGGGAGAUUCCAGAUGGGGAGCCUGAUGGAGUGGACAGAGGAGAACACUUUAUUGGAUUUGGGGAUCUAGCAGGGAGAGUGACGGAAGUGAAGGAUGAGCUGCAGGCUAAGACACACCUUAUAGAAGAGAUUCAGGGAAUGGUUCUAGGACAUGAUGGUCAAUUGAAGACUCUACUGGAAGAAACUAGAGGUAGACCCAUUUUCGGAUCCAGCUCCACUACUCAACUGGAUGAAAUUCUGGAUGCCAAACUGGCAGAUGUGCGUGCUGAGAUCUUGGAUGGAUUUGAACGUCGUAUGUCGGGUCUGGAGAACCACUGUGAUGAGAAGAUUGGACAGGUACAGAGGCAAUGCCAAAGGGAACACAUGGAUGGGCAGGAACAGAUGCAGCAAUCUUUGGAUGGAAAAGCAACUGGGCUCAGGGAGGAAUUGGGAUCCUUACAGGCUCAGAUCCAGGGACUAACUCUCACAGAGAGCUGCUGUGGGCAGGUGAACAGCCUCUCCCAACGUGUGCUGCUGCUCGAGGAGUCAGUUAAAGGCUUGACAGAAUCUCAGAGGCAGCUCCAGACAGCCCUCACUGACCACAACAUCCAAGUGGAGACACUAAUUGAGACCCGCCUGGUUGACAUAGAAAGCCGUCUCAAUAUCACAGAAGGUGGCGCUGAUGGAGCAGCAGACCUUCCUGUUGGUCUCGAGGGCUUCAAGACCCUGCUGGAGGACAAACUGAAAACCUUGGAAGAGAGAGUGUUUGUGGCUGUGGAGGAGCUGAGCAAUGCCACCGCCCCGGCACUCCUGGAGGGACAAGUGGUCCCAGCCCUAGAGACUGAGAUCGAUUCAGUUAGGAGAAGAGUGGAGGGCGAAUUAGAUGGUAUUCAGAAACAGUUAAUUGACCUGGAGCUCCUCUGUACCUCAUCAUGCUCGCCUUCUACCCCACCAGCAGGGCGUGUAAGCGUCACUGAGGUGGGGGAAGAGUGUGAAUGGGUAGAGAAGAAGAUGACUACCCGCCUGGACUCCCACUCUAACCAGCUGGACCGCCUCAACAACACUCUGCAAAACCUGCUCUUCCGCAUUUCCCAAGAGGACUUUGAAGGUUCAGUCCAGGGAGAGAUCACCCUGCUGAAGGUCAACAUCAACUCGGUCAACCGCACGUUGAAGGGUCUGAAGGACUCAAUCAGCUUCAUUACCAGUGAGGUGGGCCAUGCUAAUGGUAGCUGGGAGCAGAGAGAACACCAGUUAGUCAACCAGGUCCAGGGCAUUACAAAACUGGUGAGUCACCAAGCCUCCCUCUUGGGCGCCGGAGAGAGACGGCUAGCCCAGCUAAAGGCGGAGCUUGUCACUUUGAAGAGAAGGCUGGCUGGGGAGCUCCAGGGCUGCAGGAGCACAGCUAGAGAAGUGCAGAAGGAGGUGAAGGAUGUUGACAGCAGGGUGAGCCAGGUAGAAGGCCAAUGUAGUAGCCUCGGUGAACUAGCAGAACAUCUGGAGAGGAUCAGAGCAGAGCUGGAGAGACACUCAGAGUCCUACUUGGCCCAAAUGAACGGCACUGUGGCCAGUCACUCAGAACAGCUUGCCAAACUAAAAGAAGAGGUCAAAGACUGUGCAACCAAGGAGAGAGCCAACCAAAAAUGAGACCAGUGCCGUCAAAACUACAGCAUUGUACAAAAGAAGCUCGCGAUUGCUUCUCAUUAGGCUUCAUCUGCCUCUCUCGUUCAUACGCUCUCCACCAAGUGCCUCCAGGUGUCCUGGGUAUUAGUGAUGUGACUCAAAGUACAGACACCCCCCUGUGGUUGUAUAGCUGGGCAAUAUUUUUCUUUGAGAUUUUGUUCUAUAGGGCAUUUUUUUCUUCCUCUGAUCAUGACUGUUGUGUUUCCACAUUUUACCUUUUUAACUUAUAUUGAAGUGACUGCAUUGUUAUGAUGUUAAACUAUUUGUAUAAGAGAUGUUUGUGUAAAAAUGAUAACAAAAAGUGAAUGGGACUAAUACGCUGCUACGGGUUUCUACUGACAAGCACACUCAAAAUUCUCUGUGUGGACAAUUUUUCUGGUAUUUUUUUUAAAUAUUGUAUGUCAUUUUGGUGCUAUUUGCAUUUUUUAACUUGUGUUUUACACGUUUAAAAAUCAUAUGUAAUUUCUC